AUGGUGGCCACCGAGGGGCUGCGGGAGAUGGAGGGCAGCGCGCUGCGGCGCCUGGUCUGCCGCGACGAGGCUGGCGCCGGCGGCCCCGGGCGCUGCCUGGUGCUGGACUGCCGCCCUUUCUUGGCGCACAGCGCCGGCCACAUCCGCGGCGCCCUCAAUGUCCGCUGCAACACGAUCGUGCGGCGGCGGGCCAAGGGCGCCGUCAGCCUGGAGCAGAUCCUGCCGGCCGAGGCCGAGGUGCGGGCGCGGUUGCGCGCCGGGCUCUACGCCGCCGUCGUGGUGUACGACGAGCGCAGCCCGCGCGCCGAGGCCCUGCGCGACGACAGCACCGUGGCGCUGGUGGUGCGCGCGCUCCGUCGCGACACGGCGCGCGCUGACAUCCGCCUCCUGGCAGGGGGUUAUGAGCGCUUCUCCUCGGAGUACCCUGAAUUCUGUGCAAAAUCCAAGUCCCUCAGCAACGUGUCACCCCCCACCAGUGCUGAGACCCUGGAUCUGGGCUGCAGUUCCUGUGGGACCCCUCUUCAUGACCAGGGUGGCCCUGUGGAAAUCCUUCCCUUCCUCUACCUUGGCAGUGCCUACCACGCUGCCCGUCGGGACAUGCUUGAUGCGCUGGGCAUCACAGCCCUGCUGAAUGUCUCCUCAGACUGCCCCAACCACUUUGAGGGGCACUACCAGUACAAAUGUAUCCCUGUGGAGGAUAACCACAAAGCUGACAUCAGCUCCUGGUUCAUGGAGGCAAUUGAGUACAUUGACUCUGUGAAGGAGUGUUGUGGCCGAGUCCUAGUCCACUGCCAAGCUGGUAUCUCCCGUUCAGCCACCAUCUGCUUGGCUUACCUGAUGAUGAAGAAGCGUGUCAAGCUGGAGGAGGCCUUUGAGUUUGUCAAGCAGCGCCGGAGCAUCAUCUCCCCUAACUUCAGCUUCAUGGGGCAGCUGCUGCAGUUUGAGUCACAGGUGUUAGCCACCUCCUGCGCAGUGGAAGCUGUCAGCCCCUCGGGGACACUGCGGGAACGGGGCAAGGCCACCUCCACCCCCACCUCUCAGUUUGUAUUCAGCUUCCCAGUCUCUGUUGGUGUCCAUGCCACUCCCAGCAGCCUCCCAUACCUGCACAGCCCCAUCACCACGUCACCCAGCUGUUAG